CUUCUUCAACUAAACUACUCAUUCCAAAAUGGGUAAAACCUCUACUUCUUCUUCCUCUUCCACCAACAGUAGAAGGAAAAAUGUUUCCUCAAAUGUUUCUUCCUCUAUCACACACCAAAAUACUACUACUCCACAUCUUUCUCCUGAUCUUAGACUUGGUUUGAGCAUUUCCACAACUCAACAAUAUUUUGGCACUUCCACUUCAAGGGGACAGUGGCAUCAACAAGGUGCUGAAGUAAAUGAUUGUAACGAUUACAAUAGCUUCUUUGUGAAGGUUUACAUGGAAGGCAUUCCAAUUGGGAGAAAACUCAAUUUAUUAGCUCAUGGUGGUUAUCAAGAGUUAGUAAAUACCCUUGAGCAAAUGUUCGACACUACCAUUCUAUGGGGGACUGAUAUGGAUGGAAUGCAAUCAGAGAGAUGUCAUGUGCUAACAUAUGAAGAUGGAGAAGGAGAUUUGAUUAUGGUUGGAGAUGUCCCUUGGGAGAUGUUCUUAUCAUCUGUGAAGAGGUUGAAGAUCACAAGGGUAGAUGCAUUUGGGUGUUAAAAGCAUAUAUUAGUGAUCAAAAUACUCUUAGAUUAUGUUUGAAGACUACCAAGGGGGUGAGAGAGAUUGUGACAAAGUGGAAAAGUGAAGGGUUAAAGACCUUUCAUUUGGAUGUUUAAAUUUUUGUAAAGUCCUUUAAGAUUAGGUCCAUUUUAAAAUAGAAAUGAACAAAGAAGUGUUUUAAAGGGUUAUAUAAGAAUUUUAAUCAAUUGUUUUUUUUUAUCAUUAUAUGAAAGUCUUGAAUAAAUAAAUAGAUAGACACAAUGUUACUUUAUUGUCCACGCCCCUAGUUGCUUUAUUUGAUUCAAAGUUUCUAGAAGUCAAAUUUUGGCUUCUAUGUUACCGACAUAAUCUCGUAAUAGUUAAGAUCCUGCUGCUCGGCACAAUCCACAAGGAAAAUCAACAAACAAAAGGAAAAUUGCACAAAAUUAAACGAGGGAUACGGGGUAGCAAAGUUGAAACUUGAAGCAGCUAAUGUGGGAGGAAUAAGGAGCAUAAAAGGGACAGCCAUAAGUACUAUGUCGAUAACAGUUAACUAAAGUUAGUGUAUCUUUUCUGCUCGAUGCAAUACAACAACCCAGAUUGAUAUGAGUUAGAUAAAAAAAAAGUUGAAUGUGUUUAUUAAAAUUUAAUAAACAUUCGAUGCCAAUUAUGUUAUUAUUAUAGAGUUUAUCAUGUUUCUUUCCUUAGUUUUA